AUGCCCCAGCAAGCAUAUCCCACUUGCCAACUACGAGCACUCGGCUGUGCAACGUCAUCAUCAAGUAUUGCAAAAAUGGAAACGAAUAGUCAUUUGCGAAGUGUGGAAAAUGGGCGAUCUCGCUGGCCUCUGGGAAAUUCGGAGCUGAAAAAUUACAAUAAUUUGGUUCUUAAUUCAAAUGUAGAGCUGAAAAAUUACAAUAAUUUGGUCCUUAAUUCAAAUGUAGAGCUGAAACAUUACAAUAAUUUGGUCCUUAAUUCAAAUGUAGAGCUGAAAAAUUACAAUCUUUUGGUCCUCAAUUCAAAUGUAGAGCUGAAAAAUUACAAUCCCUUGGUCCUUAAUUCAAAUGCAGAGCUAAAAAAUUACAAUCCCUUGGUCCUUAAUUCAAAUGCAGAGCUGAAAAAUUACAAUAAUUUGGUUCUUUAUUCAAAUGUAGAGCUGAAAAAUUACAAUAAUUUGGUUCUUAAUUCAAAUGUAGAGCUGAAAAUUUACAAUAAUUUGGUCCUUAAUUCGAAUGUAGAGCUGAAACAUUACAAUAAUUUGGUCCUUAAUUCAAAUGUAGAGCUGAAAAAUUACAAUCUUUUGGUCCUCAAUUCAAAUGUAGAGGUGAAAAAUUACAAUCCCUUGGUCCUUAAUUCAAAUGCAGAACUAAAAAAUUACAAUCCCUUGGUCUUUCAUUAA